UGGAAAGGCCUGAAUAGCCUUAAUCAGUUCCAGUUUUAAGUAAUUUUCACUGGGGAAAUGAAGAAUUAAACUCUUGUUUGUUUCUUGGAACAGCCUAUUGAAUUUAUGUUUUAAAACAACUUAAUACUUGCUUACUUUCCAGCUAACCUGGUACAAAGUGAAAGCCAUGGCAGUUAAAAUAUUUGAUGGAUGAUUCUCCCUAACAGGACAUUCAAGAUAUGACUCACUGAUGCUAAUUUGUUUCAGUACAAAAUCUUUUACCCUCUGGCACUGGAGAUUUCAUGGUGCCAUAUCCUACCACCCUGGGUGAUGAAAUAACAUUUCUGUUUCGUUUUUGCCGGCCUCAGAUAAAAGGGAAAAGUUUAGGGCUGAAAAGGGGGCUCUCGCCAGGUGAAAGAACUGGAAGAUGAAUUUUAAAACUUGUGUUUGGUGAUGCUAGUCAAAUGAAAGUCUUUUCAGAAGUUUUAGCCUUUUUUUUUUUUUUUUUUUUUUUUAAAUCACUUAGCUGAAGGCAGGCUGAACAAGUUGGGAACCCAGAUCCUUCUUAGAAGGCUUCCUAUUGAAGUGUGGGGAUCCUGGGAAUCCUUAGAGAGUGAUUCUCCGUCGUGGUCUACAGCAUUUUACCCAAGAAGCAGGGACCCGGUGUGACCCUCUUGUGAGAGUGAGCUUCAGCAGUGCUGUUAAAAAUACUUUAUGUUGCCACAGACUUCUGAAUUGGUAAAAUGGCAGCCCAUGAAGCCUCCCAUCAUCAACAGCAGGCAGCACAGAACAGCUUGCUGCCCCUCCUGAGCUCUGCUGUGGAGCCCCCUGAUCAGAAACCGUUGCUUCCAAUACCAAUAACUCAGAAACCUCAGGCUGCUCCAGAAACAUUAAAGGAUGCCAUUGGGAUUAAAAAAGAAAAACCCAAAACUUCAUUUGUGUGCACUUAUUGCAGUAAAGCUUUCAGGGACAGCUAUCACUUGAGGCGCCACGAGUCCUGCCACACAGGGAUCAAGUUGGUGUCCCGGUCAAAGAAAACCCCCACAACAGUGGUUCCCCUCAUCUCCACCAUUGGUGGGGACAGCAGCCGAACUUCGUUGGUCUCAACCAUUGCAGGCAUCUUGUCAACAGUCACUACAUCUUCCUCGGGCACCAACCCUAGUAGUAGUGCCAGCACCACAGCUAUGCCCGUGACCCAGUCUGUCAAGAAGCCCAGUAAGCCUGUCAAGAAGAACCAUGCUUGUGAGAUGUGUGGGAAGGCCUUCCGAGAUGUGUACCACCUCAAUCGGCACAAGCUUUCUCAUUCGGACGAAAAGCCCUUCGAGUGUCAUAUUUGUAAUCAGCGCUUCAAGAGAAAGGACCGGAUGACUUACCAUGUGAGGUCUCAUGAAGGAGGCAUCACCAAACCCUAUACUUGCAGUGUUUGUGGGAAAGGCUUCUCGAGGCCUGACCACUUAAGCUGUCACGUAAAACAUGUCCAUUCAACAGAAAGACCCUUCAAAUGCCAAUUUUCCUCCCUCAUGCAGACGUGCACUGCUGCCUUUGCCACCAAAGACAGACUACGGACACACAUGGUUCGCCACGAAGGCAAAGUAUCAUGUAACAUCUGUGGGAAGCUCCUGAGCGCAGCCUACAUCACCAGCCACUUAAAGACACAUGGGCAGAGCCAAAGUAUCAACUGUAAUACAUGCAAACAAGGCAUUAGUAAAAUAGCAUGCAUGAGUGAAGAGACCAGCAACCAGAAGCAGCAGCAGCAACAGCAACAACAGCAUGUGACGAGCUGGCCAGGGAAGCAGGUGGAGACACUGAGACUGUGGGAAGAAGCAGUCAAAGCAAGAAAGAAAGAAGCUGCUUCUCUGUGUCAAACCUCCACGGCCUCUACGACACCUGUGACUCUUACUACUCCAUUCAAUAUAACAUCCUCUGUGUCAUCUGGGACUAUGUCAAACCCAGUCACAGUGGCAGCUGCAAUGAGCAUGAGAAGUCCAGUAAAUGUUUCAAGUGCAGUUAAUAUAACCAGCCCAAUGAACAUAGGGCACCCUGUAACUAUAACCAGUCCAUUAUCCAUGACCUCUCCUUUAACACUUACCACCCCAGUCAACCUCCCUACCCCUGUUACUGCCCCAGUAAACAUAGCACAUCCUGUCACAAUCACAUCUCCAAUGAACCUGCCCACUCCUAUGACAUUAGCUGCCCCUCUCAAUAUAGCAAUGAGACCUGUAGAAAGCAUGCCUUUCUUACCCCAGGCUUUACCUACAUCACCACCUUGGUAAACAGUAUUAUAAAAAUAUGGGUUAAAGUAAAUAUUUACUUACCAGCAACUUACAUUUAGUUUAUUAAAGCAAAAAGUAAACCAUGAAUUUGGGAGAUUUUUAUUACAUUAGUUUAUAGUGUAGCAGCAUUUUCUCCAAUUUGGCCGGGAUGAUUCAAAAUAGGGUGUAUAUGUAAUUUAUCACUGGACCACUUUAGUUUAAUCAUAAAUCCUUUUUAGCUGACAGCAUUGCUUACACAGGAUAGUUGGAUAAAAUGUCAGAAUUAAAACCAAUCAUAAAAAGCAAGACCCACUUCAAAAAAAAAAAAAAAGCAUUACUGUUUCUAAUCCCAGGAAUCAUUCUAAACACUAGCAGAAUUCUCCCUAUAUAAGUUGGAUUGCUGAUUUUAACCUGAAGCUCUAGAUCCAUGGAUUAAAAGCUAGUUGUAGAAUUGUCUGCUUAUUGUUUUUGAGUAUAUGCAUUGUCAUUAUAAAAUGCAUUUCAGAGAAUAUGCAUUUUACCUUUGGGAAUAUGUUAAUUUCAGGCAGCAUUCCCUAUGGGAAAGGUGAUACCAGCUCUGAUAUGCAAAGCAUAUGAUAAUUUAUCAUUCUAACUUCGACAUAUAAUAGGGAUUGUGACCUGAUAUUUGGAGAUGUAAAUAUUGCUCAGCGUAUUAAUCCUGAUGGAAUAUAGCAUUGUAGUUGACUUUUCUAAAAAAAAAAUUUAAAAAAAUACAAAAUGAGUUUUGGUAAGAAAGGACCGCAACUGACAGAAGAGAAGUCAAGAAUGCGGACGGCAAACUCCUAACAGGGGAGGCUAAUGGACUCCUAUUCAGGAGCCAAGAAAAUCUUUGGAACAGUUUAAAUAUAUUGCUUUAAAUUGGAAGAUGCUGGAGGCAUUGGGAUGUGAUAUGCCCUUCUCCCAAUCAGAGCCUGUUGAUAUUACAACAGGCACAGAUGUGUUAGUUGCUCACUAGAGUUUAUGUCUUAUAUUAAAUUGUAUACAGUUUUUAUUCUAACCACUAACUAGGUAGUAUACCCCUUCAGAACAAGCAGAGUGUACCUUUUUAAUUUUCUCUUCCAUUUCUUAAUCAAGUGUUGUGCAGAUUUGUUCAUCUUUGUAAAUAUGGCCAUCACUUUUUUCUUUCUUUGAGAGAACACUUGUAUCAGCUUUGUGGUGUUUUUUAGGGAGACAACUGUUCCUGCUCCCUAUAGAAACCCAGCAAUGAUUGUGCACGUUAAGACAUGUGCUUUUAUUUCUUAGCAGGAUAUUUUAUCUCUGUACAUAAAGUAGAAACCAAAAGCUAGGGAAACAGAUACUCUUUAUACCAUCAUGCCACACAUUAAUGUUUUUAAAGCAUUGUUUGCUUUUUAAUGUUACUAAAACCAAGACUCUGUGAUUUUUUUUUUAAGUUGCAAUAUGUUGUGGAUUUCUUUUUUUUAAUCUUGCAGUUCAGAGAAAUGGAAAUUUGUUGUGUUAAUCUUGCAGAAUGUUUGCAGGACUGACUAUCAAACUGGAUGACUUCCGUUUAUACCCCACUGUGUCAGUUCAAGCAUCAAAAUACCUUGCAUCUGAGGCAGACUUCCUACAUCAGGGACAGGUAUCUGUGUGUCAUUAUACAAAACAGUUCUAGGGGGUUAAACUACAUAGUAAAAAAUAAAAUAAAUAGUACUUAGUGUAAAAUAAUUUUAUAAAUGAUCUUUUGUACUUUAGGACAUUAAAUUGUACAACUUUUGUAUAUAUAAAAGCUUAGGAUCUUUCUGUUUAGCAGGAAGGCAACACAUUCCUACACUUUUAAUGUAUAUGUUUGUUAUAAUGUCCAUGUAAACAUGCCCUAUGUUUGUGCCUUUUAAUUAGUUUGUCUCAAUAAACAAAUGUAGAGAAAAUAUGUAGCUAUGACUUUGUUACAACUGUUCUUAUCCACAGUACAAGAUGGUUUGUUUCAAUAUGUAGAACAUUAUGUGUGGACUACUGGAAGAAUGCAUGUAGGGAAGGCCCAUGCAUGGCCCUAUUGAGGCCUGCAUCGGGCAAGCAGUGACCACAUUUGGAGAAGCUCAUGUUUCUUUACAGGCAGUCCAGCUUCUGGCUGUGGCUCUGCCUGCUGGGAUAUGUCAUCUCUCUUUCCCUGGCUGGCAAUCAUUAUCUUCCAUGGUUCAGACAGCCCUGGCUUCCUCCGCAGUGGCUCAAAGAGCAGUCAAUCCUUAGUUGAAUUGGGGGUAAACUAUACGUACCCCCAAGCUAGUAUGUGGUCAUCAGAACCCUGAAAGUAUUAGUUCUUUUU